AAGAGAGGUAGAAAGAGAAAGUAGAAAAGAAGAGUUUUAGAGACAAGAUCAAGAGUAGAAGGAGAACUUGGAAAUUGAAGAAGAAGGAGUAAAGAUUCCAACUUUGAUAAGAGUUGCAGGUUGAGAACCUUGAGCCUCAUAUCUAGUCGCGCCGCUUUAUUGCUUCUAGUUCUUUUGGAAGAUGUCUAAGAGGAUGAUUGUGGAUGCCUUGGCUAAUAUGGCCAAUGCCAUUGCACAGGAUGCAUACAACCGGACUGCGGAAAGAGUAGCACAAGAGAACCGAACAGGUAAUGAAGAUGAGUUAAGGCUCGAGAGAUUCUUGAAGAAUCAACCACCUACUUUUGCUGGAGGAUACGAUCCAGAGGGAUCUCAGAAGUGGUUAGAGGAUGUUGAGAGGAUAUUUAAGGUCAUGAGAUGCACUGAGGAACAGAAAGUUGUUUUGGGUACUUAUAUGCUAAGAGAAGAAGCCGACCAUUGGUGGGAUAAUGCAAGUCAGAGACUUGGAGUUGGAGGUGUUGUGGUUACUUGGGCAAUGUUCAAGAGAGAAUUUUUGAUCAAGUAUUUUCCAGCUGAUGUGAAGAAUAGAAAAGUGAUUGAGUUUAUGGAGUUGAAACAAGGUAACAUGUCUGUUGCAGAGUAUGCCGUCAAGUUUCAAUCCUUGUGUAGGUUCGCACCACACUACAACACUGUUGAGGCUGAGCAUGAUAAGUGUGUGAAGUUUGAGAGUGGUUUGAGGCCUGAGAUUAAGCAUUUGAUCGGAUUUUCUGAGAUUAGAGACUUUCCAACAUUGGUAAACAAGAGUCGUAUAUGUGAUGAAGAUGGAAAAGCUAGAGCGAAUCACUACAAGAUGGCUAAUGAAAAGAAAGGCAAGGAUGGGAACCGUUGGAAACCUUAUGACAACAAGGGAAAAAGGAAAGGUGAAAGUAGUGGAAAGAAAACUGCUGAGAAUUAUGAUAAGGAGAAAGUUAAGUGCUAUAGGUGUGGAGGAUUUGGUUACAAAUCUUUUGAGUGCAAGAAAAAUGUUGUAUGCUUUAACUGCAAUGAAGAAGGUCACAAGAGCCCGGAAUGUAAGAAGCCUAAGAAGAAUGGUGGAAAGGUCUUUGCUUUGGAUGGUGGUGACGCGAAUGUGACAGAUAACCUUAUCAGAGAGUUGCAGGUUGAGAACCUUGAGCCUCAUAUCUAGUCGCGCCGCUUUAUUGCUUCUAGUUCUUUUGGUGAAAGGAUAGCUUUAGGCUACUCCUAUUUUGUUUAGUAUCUAGAUUACCCGAGUCUUAGUCUAGAUGCUCUGAUACUUGUACCACCUUAGGAUUCAUCUUUUGUCGCUUAUGAUGUCCGAAAUUAUGUAUAGGAGCCUUAUGCCGAAAUUAUUUUGUUAUUCGGAUGACUGUAUUACUACUAUGACUGUGAUACCUAUGCAUGUUUGGAUUAGUCUGUUGAACUAAUGUCUUUGGAUAUUAUGAAUAUGCAUGAUUUCAAAGUAUUUAUUUUAUGAGAUA